CUGAAAAUACUGAAAUAAUAUUCAGUAAAACAUUAACCAUGAAGAGUUUAGCAGUAAAUCAACAAAUUUAUUGGACCGAAGAUUCGGUGAAAGCAAUAGGAUUAUACAAGUACAUGAUACAAGUAAUUUGUUCAUGGCCACUUGAAUCUAGAAAUUAUUUUUGGAAAAUUCGUAUCAUAUUGCUAUUUAUUUAUUUGUUAAUCUCAGGUAAUUUUUAUAUUAGAGAAAUACUAAAUCAUUGUGGGACGAGUUAUGAAUAUACUACAUUAUUUGGAAUGAUAUUUGGUGUGAUAUCAGCAGUAAUUAAAAUAAUACUACUAAAUAUAUCAUAUGAAAAUACAUCAUUUAUUAUAAAAAAUAUUAUCAACGAUUGGUGGAUGAUCAAAGACGAAAAAUCGAAACAUAUAAUGCGUGAAUACGCAUCUUUAAACAGAGUUUUAUUUUACGGGUUGUUAACGCCAUUUUUAAUGUAUACAACUAAAUUGACAUUAGAAAAAAUUCCACAUGUCGUUACGAUAGAUAAUACUACUGUAUUAUUGCGCACUAUUCCCAUAAGCUCCGAAUGCUGGAAUUUUUCAGAUACACCUACUGUUAUUUAUGUUAUUCGGUUCGUUUGGCGUACUCUUGAAUUUAUAAUUUAUAAUAUCGUGAGUUGUGGGAUUGAUUUAUAUUUUUUUGUAUUGGCGAUGCAUAUUUGUGGGCAAAUGGAAAUAUCGAAUACAAAUAUACGAAAUUUUUUGGCCAUCAAUAAUGGUAAAUUUGAAAGUGAUAAAUUUUACGCUGUUAUCAAUCGACAAAAAUAUUUAUUACAAUUAAUAGAUUUACUAAAGGAAUCAUUCAAUUAUGUGAUACUGGCGGUGUUGUUAAUAGCAGCGGUUCAUUUAAAUAUUAUCGUUAUCAUGGUGCUUAUGGCCUUGAAAAACAACAACAUAAGUUCAGUUAUUGAAGAUGCUGCUGGAAAUAUAGUAUAUUUUUUUUCUCAAAUAUAUAUUUAUUGUUAUGUCAGUGAUAAACUGUCAUCGAAAAUUGAAGAGUCGUGUUUCGCGGUGUACAGUUGUAGUUGGUACAAUUUUUCAAACAGAACAAAUAAAGAUAUUGUAUAUAUUAUGUUAAGAAAUAGCCAAAAAUUUUAUCUUACAGCUGGAAAAUUUUAUCAUAUGAAUUUGAUAAACUUUACAGAUAUUGUCAAAAUGAUGUUUUCAUUCUUUUCAGUUAUGAGAUUGUAUAAGAACUUCCUCUUGUUUAUCUUGUAUUUUCUGCGUACUGUAAAUGCUAACACAAUAUCUAGUAAAAUAUCAGACAUGAAAAGUAAAACAACAAUAAAUGAACCUAACUCCGUACAUUGGACAGAAGAUUCAAUAAAAGCUAUUGGACUAUACAAGUAUAUACUACAAAUAAUUUGUUCAUGGCCAUUAGAACAGAGAAAUAUUUAUUGGAAAAUCCGUAUUUCUUCAUUAUUUGUUUAUUUGAUGAUCUCGGGUAUAUUUAUUACUCAAGAAUUAUUAGAUCAUUGUGGUACAAGUUAUGAAAUAACUUCACAAGUUGGAAUGAUGAUCGGUCCAAUAUCAGCAAUUACUAAAAUAUCACUUUUAAAUAUCUAUCACAAAAAUAUAUCAUUUAUUGUUCAAAAUUUGAUUUACGAUUGGCGCAUUAUUAAUGACGAGAAGUGUAAAACUAUAAUGCGUCGAUAUUCGUCUCUAAAUAGAGUGCUAUUUUAUGGUAUAUUAACACCGUUUUCGCUAUACACAUUAAAAUUUAUCAUAGACAGGAUUCCGCACACUAUUUUGACAAAUGAUAAUACGACUGUUUAUGUACGCACAACUCCUAUCAGUUCUGAAUGCUGGAAUUUAGCUGAUAUACCAACUGUUUUUUACAUAAUUCGAUUUGCAUGUCGAACUUUUGAAUUUGUUAUUUAUAAUUUCGUAAGUUGUGGAAUUGAUUUGUAUUUUCUCGUGCUGGCGAAGCAUAUUUGCGGUCAAAUGGAAAUAUCGAAUAUGAAUAUUCAAAACUUUUUGGUAGCCAAUGAUGGUAGAUUUGAACGUGACAAAUUUUAUAAAUUAAUUGAUCGACAAAAGUAUAUGUUGGGACUAAUGGAUAAAUUACGCGAGUCGUUUAAUUACAUAACUCUAGCAGUAUUAUUGAUAAGUGGAAUCCACUUAAAUAUCAUAAUUAUCAUGAUUUUUGUAGCACUAAAAGACAACAAUAUGAAUGCGGUUUUUCAAGAUGCUACUGGAACGAUAUUAUAUUUUUUAGCUCAAAUAUUUAUAUACUGUUACGCUGGCGAUGAACUAUCAUCGAAAGUUAAAAAUUCACGUUUAGCUGUGUACAGCUGUAGUUGGUACAAUGUUUCAAUUAAUACUCGUAAGGAUAUUAUAUUUAUUAUGCUAAGAGUUAAUAAGGAAUUUCAUUUAACGGCGGGAAAAUUUUAUUAUAUGAAUUUACUCAACUUUACAAACAUUGUUAAAACGAUGGUGUCAUUUUUUUCAGUCAUGAGAUUAGUAAUUUUUGAAUAA